AUGGACCGGACAUCCAAACCUUCUCUCUCGCGCCCCUCGUCCGUGGCCUCGACGAACACAACAUCGACCAACAAGAACCGGCAGUACGCCCACCUCCAUGCACAGUUGGCCCAGCUGAACGCGCACCUGGCGGAUACCGAGAAUUUGGUACGGAUGACGAGCGUACAGGCUCAAGACAUGCGGUUUCUGGGUGGCUAUAUCGGCGCGUUGUUCAUGGGCAGUGCCAAAGUGCUCGGGGAAGAGAGCGUUCAUGGUAGGGGCAAGCAGGAAAGUAGCAGGACGGAGGGUUGA